CUCUCCUCCCGACCUCCUGAUGCCAGAGCCGUGGUUCCCGAAGCACAUCAGCGAGCUGGACAUGUGCAACCACCUCAUGACCAAGUACGAACCGGACCUCGACAUGGACCAUCCCGGCUUCGCGGACCAGGAGUACAGGGCGAGGAGGAAGGAGAUCGCCGAUAUCGCCUUCAAAUAUAAGCACGGCGAACCCAUACCCCGCAUCGCGUACCGGCCGGAGGAGAUCUCGACGUGGGGCGCCGUCUUCACGGAGCUCGAGCGCCUGAUCCCGACCCACGCCUGCCGCCAGUACCGAGAAGUGUGGGAGGUCCUGAAGCGGGAGUGUGGCUACGCGCCGGACAACAUCCCGCAGUUGGAAGACGUGUCCAGGUUCAUGAAACGUCGCACCGGCUUCACCCUCCGGCCAGCAGCAGGCCUCCUGACGGCGAGGGACUUCCUGGCUUCUCUCGCCUUCAGGGUAUUCCAGUGCACGCAGUACAUUCGCCAUUACUCCUCCCCCCACCACUCCCCCGAGCCCGACGCCAUUCACGAACUCCUCGGCCACGCCCCCCUCCUCGCCUACCCGCAGUUCGCUCAGUUCUCUCACGAGCUGGGUCUUGCCUCCCUCGGGGCGUCUGACGAGGAGAUCGAGAAGUUCGCUACUAUGUACUGGUUCACCGUGGAAUUCGGGCUCUGUCGGGAGAGCGGCGAGAUUCGGGCUUGGGGCGCCGGGCUCCUGAGCAGCUUCGGGGAGCUGCAGCACGCCCUUUCCGACAAGCCCGACAGGCGCCCCUUCGACCCGGCCAAGACCGCUGUCCAGCCGUACCAGGAUCAGGACUACCAAGACCUCUACUUCGUCUCCGAGAGCAUUGACGACGCGCAGGAGAAGUUCAAGCGGUGGACCUCCCAGACUCUGAGUCGGCCCUACGAAGUCCGCUACGAGCCGUACAGCCAGAGUGUGCAGACUCUCGAUUCGGUUCAGAAACUUGAGGAACUGAGCACGGCGAUGAGCACGGAAGUCUCGCGUCUAAGGAAUGCUAUUCAGAAGAUGAAGUUUUGAAGUGACUGGAGGAAGAAGGGAUUUCUGAAGUGACUGGAGAGAGGGGUGGAGUUUCUGAAGGAAAGUGGAGUUUCUGAAGGAAAGCGGAGUUUCUGAAGGAAAGUGGAGUUUCUGAAGUGACGGAGGAAAAUGGAGUUUAUGAAGUGACUGGAGAGAGUAUGAAGUUUCCGAAGUGGCUGAGGAAAACGAAGAUUCCGAAACAUCUGGAGAGACAAAACGUUUCUCAAGUGACUUAGGAAGAUGGAGUUUCUGAGAGAGAAAAAAAAAAAAAAAAAAAAAAAACACUUGAGGAAAACUAAGUUCUGAAAUGACUGGAGAGACAUGAAGUUUCUGAAGUGACUUUAGGAAAAUCAUAAUUCUGAAGUGACUGAGGAAAAUGAAGGAAAAGAUGAGAAUGACUUUUUGCUUCAGAUCGUUAAGAUAUUCUCUCUCUGAUACGUCGUUAACUAUCACUGUCAUUUCAUUUUGUUUGUGUGAGUUUGGGAAGAACAAACACACAAACAAAACAAAAAGGACAUUAGAACCUCCUCGUCUCCUCAUUUUUUAUUCCGUAAACAAUUUAUCUAUUUAUCUAUCUAUUGAUUUAUUUAUUCAUGUUUGCUAUCUUCAUUUACAAAUUUCAAGUCAGGAGGAUACAGAAGUUGUUUUUUAUCAAAUUGUCUUGUUUUCAUUGCCUUUUCAUCUCCCAUGUAGCGUGUUUGUCUGUGUAAGAUAUAUGAAUGUAUAUUGUUAGGGUGGAACAAGAAUGUCUAGUUAUGUUAAGUAUAUAUGGCUUAUGAAUAUCAAAAGACGUGUUUUUUGUUAUGGUAUAUUUAUAGUAAACAUGAGAGUCAAAGACAGAAAAUCUACACACACUCAUUAGUACAUACAUAUACACACAUAUACUUAUACACACACACACACACAUGUAUACAUACAUGCAUACAUAACACACACA